AUGUUAAGAGACAAGCUGCUCAACGCCGUCAGCACCAAGGCUGGAGUCGCCGUCGGUGUCAUCACCGUUUACAUUUCGCUAUGUCGAGCGCUGCGCUUUCGCCGCCGCGAUCAGGAGUAUGCAAAAUAUCCUUACAAGACCCGCGAGGAUAUGGCCAAGAUGACUACGGAGCAUGCGUGGGAGAUCGUUAGAUAUAUCACAACGUUGGAAUUUCCCUUGAUGGCUGAAAAAGCCUUGCAGUUUGCCUUGUUUAGGACUUAUGCUAUCCCCACCAUCUCCAAGCUCCUUUGCGAGACCCGCCAGCUCGCAGAGCCUCAGAACGCACCUCGUCGAUAUGAAGACACCACUGUGCUCAUCACCGAAUUCAUUAAUCACCCACCGUCGUCUUCGCGCGCAAACGCAGCUAUUGCACGCAUGAACUACCUCCACGGUCUGUACCAGCCUUCCGGCAAGAUCAGCAACGACGACAUGCUCUACACGCUGAGUCUCUUCAUCCUCGAAGUCGAACGCUGGAUCCGACUGUACGAAUGGAGGCAGCUCACUGACAUGGAGCUUUGCGCUUUGUCCACCUUUUGGAAAUCCAUCGGCGACGCACAAGGUAUCGACUUCUCUCCCCUUCCCAAUGGACCCUCGUCCUUCCGUGACGGCCUGGAUUUCUUCCAUUCCCUUCGCAUCUGGGCCGACCAGUAUGAGGAACGGUGCAUGAUACCAACCGAGGACAACCACAAGACUGCCGAGGAGACGACCUCGAUUCUCGUGUACAAUCUUCCCCGGUUCCUUCAACCCGUCGGCCGCCGUGCCGUCAUCGCCCUGAUGGACGAGCGCCUUCGCAUUGCCAUGAUGUACCCUCGCGUCUCAUCUCUGUACUACUACCUGGUCCCUGGCACUCUCCACCUGAGGCGCUUCGUGCUGUCGUUCCUCACGCCUCCCCGCCCCGAGUUCCUGCGCGUGCAAACCAUAAGUGCGACCGCAGACCCCCAGACGGGGCGGUACCAUAAAACGGCCUACGAAGUCGAACCCUGGUACAUAGCCAACACGUUCUGGAACCGCAAUAAGCCAUCCAGUUGGCUGAAAUGGCUGACUGGCCGACCGUAUCCCGGUUGCAAAGGUGGAGAGGUGUACAAGAGCGAGGGAUAUAGGAUUUCGGAGAUUGGGCCGACGAAGUGGGAGAAGAGUGGGCAGGAGGAGUGUGAGGAGUUGGCCCAGAGGUUGCAGGCGGGGAGGGUCGCUUGCCCGUUCGCUGUGAGAUGAGCAGAGUGUAGAAGAGGAGUUGUAGAAGCCGAAACUUGAUUAGCACAUUGGAUGAGGGGAUAAACGAGACGACAUGGGGCUAGAGAUGAGGCUUGCACCUUUGGGUGCCAUUGCUAUAUACCCACUUUUGCUUCAUCAGUGCCGCAGCGCAGACAGGUUAUGGUGUUCCGUAUAUCACGGCAAGCAGGUUGCUGGUUAGUUGAGAUGUUAGACAUGUUUUCGCUACUUAUGUACCGCUUGAAGUGGUAAACACCUCUAGACCUCAUGGAUCCUCC